CAUAAUUGGCAGACUCCUUAAUAAAAUUAAAUUUUAUAGAGGUAUUUUUGUCUCCUGUUCCGGCGGAUCUUCCAUUCCCAUCAAAGCAAAGUGGACAGGUUAGGGUUUUGCCAUUUCUAGUCCAACGAAAAGCACCCCUCCAUCUCCACUCUCUGCUUUGUGCGUCUUCUGCAACUUUCUUCUCUGCUCUGGGUGUUAUCUGUCCCUUUCUCUCUCUCUCUCUCUCUCUCUCUCUCUCUCUCUCUCGCUGUUUCCUUUGGCGACCAUCUGCUGUGCAAAAUCAUUCUGUUCAGGAGCAUAGCUACUACAUUUGUCUGCUAUUUCUUUGCGUGGAGAAUUGCAUUGUUAGCUCUUUUGCAAAAGGAUAAAAAAAAAAAAAAGACUAGCACACCCCCAGAAGACUAAGGGACUUUCAUUCUUCUGCAAGUUUAACGUAUGAUUACUAGGAGCUGGUUGCAACUUCACCCCUGUAGCAGUUCAGUGUGACAGAUUCUGGUCUGUCUUUGCUGUCAAAUAUGUAUCAAUUGGCAAAGGACUAGUGUGUGCAUCUUAUGGUGGUCGGAGUCCUCAUGCAACCUAGUCCACUCUUCGCUACUGCUGCCUCCCUCUGAUUGGUAUAUUUUUUGGUCUGGAUCUUCAAUUUCUACUGCUAUGUACUGAAAUCAGCCUCCUGCUUGGCUAUGGAAAUUCUUAAUAUUUGUUUUACUCAAUGCAAUUAUUUCUGCUUCUAUCUGAAGGCAUCACCAAAUUGCACUCCAACUGUUUGAUUUUUUUUCUCUACGGAACCUGUAUUGUUUCUUCCCCAACAUGCAUAGAGCAUCCAUUUUUUCUUGCUUACAUCCAUCUUUAAAAUCCUUUCUUUUACACAAAAAAGAUGCCUGCUUAUUCCCAUUCCCACUUCAAAAAUCAAGCGCAAUGUUGGUUCCACUGAAGCAAAAAUCAAGCGGAGGAAGAAGACCCAAAAAGAAGAUAUACCACAGAGUCCAUGAACUUGAUCGAGUCAUGGACUUACAGAAGAAGCCAUCUGUUAUCUUACACCUUAAAGCCAUUAUUCAAUCACAAAAGAACCAACAUCUCCUCCUCCGAGACCUUGAGAAACAAGUUGGGUUUGUCCAGAAAUGGAACUUUAUGGCUGUCAUUGAAAAGUAUCCUUCAAUAUUCCAUGUUGAUGCUGGCAGUAGCAUGCCUCCUUCUGUUACACUCACUGAGAAGGCUAGGAAGGUUGCCUGUGAGGAAGCUGAAUCUAGGGAGUUAAUGGAACCCGUUCUAGUUAAGAACUUGAGGAAGUUGUUAAUGAUGUCAGUUGAUUGUAGGGUGCCACUAGAAAAGAUUGAAUUCAUUGAGAAUGAAUUAGGUUUGCCCAGCGAUUUCAAGAAGUCAUUGAUUCCAAAGUACCCAGAAUUUUUUUCGGUGAAAGAUGUCAAUGGGAAAGCUUAUCUUCAUUUGGAGAACUGGGAUUCUUCAUUAGCAGUCACUGCCCGUGAGGAAAGAUUAACAUGUGAAGGAGUUCUUCCCUCCAAUCCGCCCAAGAAGAAGGUUAGAAUAUCAAAGGAUGGUAAUUUCUUUGGUCCAUUUGCCUUUAAAAUUUGCUUCCCUACUGGUUUUAGGGCAAAUGUGAGUUACCUUGAUGAACUUGAGAGGUGGCAGAGAAUGCAAUUCCCUUCUCCAUACUUGAAUGCUAGGAGAUUUGAAGCUGCUGAUCCAAAGGCACGAAAGCGUGUGGUGGCAAUGCUUCAUGAACUUCUUAGCUUAACUAUGGAAAGGAGGUUGACUUCUAUACAAUUGGAUGCAUUUCAUUCUGAGUAUUUGUUGCCAUCUAGAUUACUGCUUUGUUUGAUAAAGCAUCAUGGCAUAUUUUAUAUCACCAACAAAGGUGUUAGGAGUACUGUGUUCCUCAAGGAAGCCUAUAAUGAUUCACAUUUAACUGAUAAAUGUCCUUUGUUGUUGUUUAGAGAUAAAUUUAUAGCACUUAGUGGUCGCAGGGAGAUCAAUUUGUGUAAUGAGAUGACUUCUUGAAUUUCAUCAUUUCACAUUCGGAUUUAUCCAUAAAAAAUCUUUUACUAAUUCUUAUCCAAUAAAAUGUAAAAAUCAUGAGAUAUUUGAACUGAUCA